AUGAAACUGCUGACUGCAUUGUCCUUCGUCGCUAUCAUGUCUCAGCAUAUCAUUAUAUUGGUGCUCCUAGUUAUCUUUAGCCUCAACAGUCUCGUGGAAGCAGUGCUUCCAGAAAAUGCUCUCGCAGGGAACGACAAUCUUGCUAUGGACGAGAUCGACCUUACAUCGCUCCUUACUCCCAGAGUGCCGAAGCAAAAGCCUAUUAUACAAGAAGCUCUCCUUCUCAUCGAUUCAAUGAAGCUCGCCCCAUCCUGCAGCCGGCUGGCGGUAUCAGAGCUCGUCUCUUCCUGCCAGUCAAUCGGGGGUCGGUCCGAGAAACAAGACACGGAUAUAUACCUGGACCUAGAGCUCGUGCGCUCGCUUUAUGCAGCUCGUCUUGCCAUUUGUGAGCUUCGAGAAGCUAAGGCAGCAGCGCCAGACACUUGUUCCUCAUUGGUGAUUGUGCCGCCGCAGAAAAGAGGCAGGUUCGGAUCUAUUUUCGGGGAUAGAAUCCGCUUCAGUGCUCCGGAGCUCAUUCAGAAGCCGCAGCUGGAGUCUUGCCUUCAGUUGCUGGAGACCCGGCCGCAGUGGUGGACUUCCUACAGCAACAGUCGGCAGAAUGCUGUGGUUAUAUGCCAGGCGGCCAGGGAUGAGACUGAGAAGGCGGAGCUUUUGGAGCUUUAUCGAUCUAUACUAAAUAGCUCUGCCGAGCUGGAGCAUGGUCUCCACGAGGCCGUGGAGGUCGCUGCAGCUGACCUUGCCCGUCAGAAAGAAUUCAUGCACGCUGUCGGUAUCAUGAGAAGCAGGAUGAGACAGGAACUGGAAGAAACCGAUAUGCGCUUGAGAUCGACGAUGGACCGGAUUUUGCACGGCCUGUACGCGUAUGCCGUCGACUCUUUCAAGGAGUCCCUAGGGCCUGCGAUUGACACACUGCAGCAAAAGACAGACACCCUCGAUCUCAAACUCCAGACUGUGGCUAUCGAAGCUGAUAAGCUUGGUCACACACUACACGCUCUACAGCAAGAGUCGGCCAAGAGGGAGCAUGAAUUGGCGGAUGCGCAGCAGAGAGAGCUAGAGACCACCAGGGAGACAGCCUUGGCUCACCACGAAAGCGACCUGCUCUCGACUCGAAUGGUAUAUAUGCUGCAAAUCGCGCAGAGCAUGAAUGAGGCCUUCAGAAGGCUCUUAAUGAGUCCGAAGAACGAACCGAACAGCUGCAUCAAGCACAAUUGCAGCAAUACGAAGCUCUACAAGAAACAUCCCGAUUACACCAGCAGCAACAAAUUCACUUGACUGGCAUGUUGGCUGAUCUUGACAGAGCAGCCGUCAUAGCUGCGAAAAUACUCAAGGCAAUUGACCAGAUGGGAUCUAAGUAUGGGCUGGAUCUCGUACUGAAAGUGAUGGGUGAUCUAGUCUGGUGUAGCCUCGUGAUCUGGAAUGUAGUUACAGAGCAUUCAAGGGCAGUCGCUGUAAUUUUCAAUUAUCUGUUUCGGCGUGG